GCUGCACCCAUCAUCCACAUGCUGGGAAAUGCAGGAUACAGCGGCACUGGACUGAACAGUUAGAAGAUUUUUCUUGAUUUUGAAACAAGAUCCCUUAAUAAAAACAAAGCACUGCGGGCUGGAGAUGGAGUUUUCCUGGGGAAGCAGCCAGGAAUCCCGGCGUCUGCUGCUCUCACUUCUGUUCCUGGCAGCCUGGAAAGCAGGGAGCGGCCAGGUUCACUACUCAGUCCUGGAGGAGGCCAAACACGGCACCUUCGUGGGCCGCAUCGCCCAGGAUUUGGGGCUGGAGCUGGCGGAGCUGGUGCCGCGCCUGUUCCGGGUGGCGUCCAAAGGCCACGGGGACCUUCUGGAGGUAAAUCUGCAGAAUGGCAUUUUGUUUGUGAAUUCUCGGAUCGACCGGGAGGAGCUGUGCGGGCGGAGCGCGGAGUGCAGCAUCCACCUGGAGGUGAUCGUGGACAGGCCGCUGCAGGUUUUCCAUGUGGAGGUAGAGGUGAAGGAUAUUAAUGACAAUCCUCCCAUGUUCCCUGGAACACGGAAGAAUCUAUUUUUGGCAGAAUCCAGGCCUAUUGACUCUCGGGUUCCACUAGAGGGCGCAUCAGAUGCAGAUAUCCGGGCCAACGCUAUGCUGACCUACACACUGAGCCCCAAUGAGUAUUUCUCGCUGGAAAAACCGUCCGAUCCUGAGCGGGUGAAACGUCUUGGGCUACUGUUAAGGAAAUCUUUAGACAGGGAAGAAGCUCCGGAGAUUUUUUUAGUGCUCACUGCCACUGAUGGCGGCAAACCUGAGCUAACUGGCACCGUUCAGUUACUCAUCAAAGUGCUGGACGCCAAUGACAACGCCCCAGCUUUCGACAGAACACUCUAUGCGGUGAAAUUACCAGAAAAUGUUCCUAAUGGGACGUCGGUAAUGAAACUUAACGCCUCAGAUUUAGAUGAAGGCUCGAAUGCGGACAUUAUUUAUUCAUUCUCAACUGAUAUUUUACCAAAUGUGGAAUCCAAGUUUCACAUAGAUCCACUUACUGGAGAAAUUAUGGUAAAGGGAUAUAUCGAUUUUGAAGAAAGCAAAUCCUAUGAAAUUCUUGUAGAGGGUAUUGAUAAAGGACAACCCCCACUCUCUGGCCAUUGUACAGUUAUGGUGGAAGUUGAGGACACCAAUGAUAAUGUCCCAGUAAUCGAAUUCAAGUCCUUGUCGCUCCCAAUCAGAGAAGACGCUCCAUUAGGCACGGUCAUUGCCCUCAUCAGCGUGUAUGACCUCGACUCUGGUGCGAACGGACAGUUGACCUGCACCCUGUCACCCCACGUUCCCUUCAAACUGGUGUCCACCUUCAAGAAUUAUUAUUCGCUGGUGCUGGACAGCGCCCUGGACCGAGAGAGCGUGUCGGACUAUGCUCUGGUAGUGACCGCACGCGACGCAGGCUCGCCUUCGCUCUCCGCCACGGCCAGCGUGUCCGUGGAAGUGGCGGACGUGAACGACAACGCGCCGGCAUUCGCGCAGCCCGAGUACACGGUGUUCGUGAAGGAGAACAACCCGCCCGGCUGCCACAUCUUCACGGUGUCUGCGCGGGACGCCGACGCGCAGGAGAACGCGCUGGUGUCCUACUCGCUGGUGGAGCGGCGCGUGGGCGAGCGUGCGCUGUCGAGCUACGUGUCGGUGCACGCGGAGAGCGGCAAGGUGUACGCGCUGCAGCCGCUGGACCACGAGGAGCUGGAGCUGCUGCAGUUCCAAGUGAGCGCGCGCGACGCGGGCGUGCCUCCCCUGGGCAGCAACGUGACGCUGCAGGUGUUCGUGCUGGACGAGAACGACAACGCGCCCGCGCUGCUGCCGCGGCCGGGGACGGGCGGCGGCGGCGGCGGCGGCGGCGCUGUGAGCGAGCUGGUGUCGCGGUCGGUGGGCGCGGGCCACGUGGUGGCGAAGGUGCGCGCGGUGGACGCCGACUCUGGCUACAACGCGUGGCUGUCGUAUGAGCUGCAGCCGGCGGCGGGUGGCGCGCGCAGCCCGUUCCGCGUGGCGCUGUACACGGGCGAGAUCAGCACGACGCGCACCCUGGACGAGGCGGACUCGCCGCGCCAGCGCCUGCUGGUGCUGGUGAAGGACCACGGCGAGCCGGCGCUCACGGCCACCGCCACUGUGUUGCUGUCGCUGGUGGAGAGCGGCCAGGCGCCCAAGGCGUCGUCGCGGGUGCUGGCGGGCGCCGCUGGCGCCGAGACGGCGCUGGUGGAUGUCAACGUGUACCUGAUCAUCGCCAUCUGCGCGGUGUCCAGCCUGUUGGUGCUCACGCUGCUGCUGUACACGGCGCUGCGCUGCUCGGCUCCGCCCGCGGAGGGCGCGUGCGCGCCUGGGAAGCCCACGCUGGUGUGCUCCAGCGCGGUGGGGAGCUGGUCGUACUCGCAGCAGAGGCGGCAGAGGGUGUGCUCCGGGGAGGGCCCGCCCAAGACCGACCUCAUGGCCUUCAGCCCCAGUGUACCUGACUCUAGGGACAGAGAGGAUCUGCAGCCAGUAACUGGAGAUUCCCUUUCAAAGAGAAGAAGUCCAGGUUCCCCGCGCCUGCUGCUCUCGCUUCUGCUCCUCGCAGUCUGGGAAGCCGGGAGCGGCCAGGUCCACUACUCGGUCCCGGAGGAGGUCAAACACGGCACCUUCGUGGGCCGCAUCGCCCAAGACCUGGGGCUGGAGCAGGCGGAGCUGGUGCCGCGCCUUUUCCGAGUGGCGUCCAAAGGUCAUAGAGACCUUCUGGAGGUAAAUCUGCAGAAUGGCAUUUUGUUUGUGAAUUCUCGGAUCGACCGGGAGGAGCUGUGCGGGCGGAGUCUGGAGUGUAGCAUCCACCUGGAGGUGAUCGUGGACAGGCCGCUGCAGGUUUUCCAUGUAGAGGUGGAGGUGAAGGACAUUAACGACAACCCGCCAAGGUUUUUCCGACAGGAACAAAGAUUAUUUAUUUUAGAGUCAAGAAUAGUGGAUUCCCGGUUUCCGCUAGAGGGCGCAUCUGAUAUGGAUGUCGGAGCAAACGCAGAAUUGAGAUACAAAUUAAAUCCUAAUGAAUAUUUUGAUUUGGAUGUUAAAGCAAAUGAAGAAGAAACAAACAUUUUAGAGCUGGUCUUAAAGAAAGCAGUAGAUCGAGAAGAAAUCCAGGAACAUCUUUUAUUACUGACUGCAAUUGAUGGAGGAAAACCUGAACUAACAGGUACAGUUCAAUUAUUGAUCAACGUAUUGGAUGCGAAUGAUAAUGCCCCCAAAUUUGAUAAAUCAGUUUAUAAUAUCAGAUUAUUAGAAAAUGCACCAAAUGGGACAUUAGUUAUUAAACUGAACGCCUCAGAUGCAGAUGACGGCAUUAAUAAGGAAAUAGUAUACCUCUUUAGUGAUCUUGUUCUUGACAACGUCAAAUCUAAAUUUAUAAUUGAUUCGAAUAAUGGGGAAAUAACGGUUAAGGGAGAACUGGAUUACGAAGACUGUAAUUUAUAUGAAAUUAAUAUUGAUGCCGUAGAUAGAAGUCCAUUCCCAUUAACUGGACACUGCAAAGUAAUAGUAAAACUCCUAGAUGAGAAUGAUAAUACCCCAGAGAUGGUCAUAACCUCCAUAUCUCUGCCGGUCCAAGAGGACGCUUCAGUGGGGACUGUCAUCGCCCUGAUCAGUCUGUCCGACCGCGACUCCGGUCUCAAUGGGCAGGUGACCUGCACCCUGUCACCCCACGUUCCCUUCAAACUGGUGUCCACCUUCAAGAAUUAUUAUUCGCUGGUGCUGGACAGCGCCCUGGACCGAGAGAGCGUGUCGGACUAUGCUCUGGUAGUGACCGCACGCGACGCAGGCUCGCCUUCGCUCUCCGCCACGGCCAGCGUGUCCGUGGAAGUGGCGGACGUGAACGACAACGCGCCGGCAUUCGCGCAGCCCGAGUACACGGUGUUCGUGAAGGAGAACAACCCGCCCGGCUGCCACAUCUUCACGGUGUCUGCGCGGGACGCCGACGCGCAGGAGAACGCGCUGGUGUCCUACUCGCUGGUGGAGCGGCGCGUGGGCGAGCGUGCGCUGUCGAGCUACGUGUCGGUGCACGCGGAGAGCGGCAAGGUGUACGCGCUGCAGCCGCUGGACCACGAGGAGCUGGAGCUGCUGCAGUUCCAAGUGAGCGCGCGCGACGCGGGCGUGCCUCCCCUGGGCAGCAACGUGACGCUGCAGGUGUUCGUGCUGGACGAGAACGACAACGCGCCCGCGCUGCUGCCGCGGCCGGGGACGGGCGGCGGCGGCGGCGCUGUGAGCGAGCUGGUGUCGCGGUCGGUGGGCGCGGGCCACGUGGUGGCGAAGGUGCGCGCGGUGGACGCCGACUCUGGCUACAACGCGUGGCUGUCGUAUGAGCUGCAGCCGGCGGCGGGUGGCGCGCGCAGCCCGUUCCGCGUGGCGCUGUACACGGGCGAGAUCAGCACGACGCGCACCCUGGACGAGGCGGACUCGCCGCGCCAGCGCCUGCUGGUGCUGGUGAAGGACCACGGCGAGCCGGCGCUCACGGCCACCGCCACUGUGUUGCUGUCGCUGGUGGAGAGCGGCCAGGCGCCCAAGGCGUCGUCGCGGGUGCUGGCGGGCGCCGCUGGCGCCGAGACGGCGCUGGUGGAUGUCAACGUGUACCUGAUCAUCGCCAUCUGCGCGGUGUCCAGCCUGUUGGUGCUCACGCUGCUGCUGUACACGGCGCUGCGCUGCUCGGCUCCGCCCGCGGAGGGCGCGUGCGCGCCUGGGAAGCCCACGCUGGUGUGCUCCAGCGCGGUGGGGAGCUGGUCGUACUCGCAGCAGAGGCGGCAGAGGGUGUGUUCCGGGGAGGGCCCGCCCAAGACCGACCUCAUGGCCUUCAGCCCCAGCCUACCUCAGGGUCCCAGCUCUGCAGGCACCCCGCAUGAUGUCGCUGUCUACCAUGAAGUCAAUCUAGUCAUUACAGUAUGCAAAAUCCAUUCCUCUUAUUACUGA